AUGGGAAUAACUUGGAGAGAAGCGAUAGCGAACAUCGCUUUCUCGCUGCUUUUUGCUAUUCUUCCCCUCGUUCAACCACAAUUGGCUCUGAACACAGUAUACCCGCCAGUUGGUUGCCCUCAUUGGGGUAUCUGUGCCAACAACACCUACGAUCCCAGCUACACCACCUACUAUCAAUGUUUCCCGAACUUUUGUGUGUGCAACGACGGGACGACAGAUGAUCUGACACUAACGGAGACUUAUUAUUAUGAUGAAUUAACCACUCAGCCGCCCUCGUUUCAACGAUGUGCUACAGUUAGCGACGUCUACGCCGGGUGCUACGCAUACAGCGACAUCAACAGCAAAGCCGACUGUAAUACAACAAUCUCGGCACAACCAACAGUCGACUCGUGCCGCACGAUCUUCCAGAAUUCGCUUCUCAACAUCGAUUCGAGCGACACGUACUAUUGUGUGAUGGGGAACGAGUGUGGUGUUUGUGAGCAGAAUCCGUUUGCCGGCAAAACACUGUACAACGAUAGCGCGUGCAAUCAACCCUGCGGCACCGAGGCCAAUUACAAUACGACAAAGGGAAGCGGCAAAUCGAAGACGACGACCACAAGUUGGGGACUCUACAGUUACAAGGGG